AUGUGCCCUCAUGCCCAAAGAGUUUGGAGAAGCUCUCAACUCAAUGUUCAAAAUUUGCUGGACAUUAGAAUCUCUUUGGACGACAAGAUCAAAUUUCUUUUGGAGAUCAACAAAAACCACACUCUCACAUUAAAGACAAGACAACUACCAUUUUGGAUCCUCUGGCGACUUUGGAAAAGUCGAAACUUUCUUUGCUUUCAGCAAAAAGACACUCAUUGGAGAAAGGAUAUUCAACUUGCUAGUAUAGAUGCUAAAGAAUGGGCAACAAUUUUAUCACAAGAAGAUCGUUUUCUGCACUCAUCUUCUUCUACUCCGGUUGUUCAGAAUUGGGUCCCUCUUCCACAAAGCUUUGUCAAGUGUAAUUAUGAUUGUAAUCUUCAACAGCAAGGAGAGAUUUCUAAAGCAGCUUGGAUCUUCAGAGACAGCAAUGGAACUUAUUUAGGAGCAUGUCAAAGUCAUCUACAAAGACGAUUAUCCCCUUUAGAGGCAGAACUCCAAGCUCUUUUAAUGUCGAUUCAACAUGCAUGGAGUAGAGGAUAUCGAAAGGUAAUUUUUGAAGGUGACAAUCAAACUGUCCAUAAGCUUGUCAUAGGAGAGCAACUUAAUUUUCAUCAUCAUAACUGGAUUCGUGACAUCAAAAUAUGGCUUAAUAAGUUCUCAGAAGCUAAAACCUGUUGGAUCCCACGUCUUGAAUGCCUUCGAAUGCAUUUCAUGUAG